CAAAGCAUUAUUUUUUAUUUCUUCAUUUCCUAAUCAAAUAAACCAAUCUGAGAGAACAAAAGAAAACAGCAAUGGCAACAAUAGCAAAGAGCAACGUCUCUCUUAAACAAACGUUACAAACCCACCAUCAUCAACCAAAUCCUUCUCUCGAUUCUCUCUUCCACGCCCUUGACCCAAUCUCUCUCAUCCUCAAUCCCAAUAACAAUAACAACUCUGUUUCGAUCUUGAACCACUCUGUUCUCCCCAUGAGUCUCACAACACAGAGCUUCAUCAUCAUGGAGGACAUGGAGAGAGGACCCAGAUACGAAGCAUACGCUGAACUCAGAGAAAGGAAGCUUAGAAUGAAGUACCCGAGGCAACAAGAGCGAGAGGAAGAGGAAAGUGAGGAACUUGAACCCAAACAACUACCAACCCCACCAAGAAAACAGGUCAAGUUUCAGAGUGGUUUGAGAAAAGGUUCCUCUGUUUCUGCUUCCGCUCUUGCUCAAUCUGUUCCUGAUUUCUCUGCUGUCUUGAGGAAGGAGAAUCGGAAACCAGUGAAUGCAUUACCUUCAGUAAUGGAGCUUACACCGCCAUCAAAGAGUUACUACUCCAAAGGUGGGGUGUUAUCGUCGAGUUCGAGAGGGAGUAAAUCAGCAAAUGCAGGGGAGAAGAAGAAGGGUGGUGGGAUUUUGAUGGCAAGAAAGAGUUAUGCAACUAUGGAUGAACUCAGGAAUUUCACUUCUGCCACUGCUAAUGCUAUCAAUGGUGAAGGUAGCAGAGGAGUAGGAAGGAACAAUGGUGGCAGGGUGGUGGGAAGAACUGUCUUGGGGUACAGACAAUUAUAGGUGGUUUUAAAUUGUGAUUACAGUUUGCCACGGGAGAAAGAAAAUGCAGCUGAUGUAGUCACAUAAAUUUGAUUGAAAGUUUACAACUGCAACAUUCCACAACUUAAAAAAGCCUACUUGGUGGCUAUGGUGAUGGAAUUCUUUUGAUCCCCCCUUUGUUGGUUGUUUGAGUUUGUGAGAAGGCUUUGGAUUUUGGUGAUGCCUCCACUGGUUUUUGUUUUUUUCCUACAUAUAUUCUUUCUGUUUCUAUUCUUUUUUGGAAGAAACUUGCAGUAUUGUGUAAGUUGUAUCUGAGAUUGAGGAUAUGGAUAAAAGUGUAUUGUUUUUCAAAUAUAAUAAAUGAGUAAAAAUGCUGUUUCCAUUA